AUGGGUGCGAAGAUCUUAGUGAAGAAGCUAGUGUCUAAAGUGGAUGUGACGGGGAUGUUGGUCAAAGCCAAGUUCUACACCUCCUUGUGCCUGGGCACUACGGCCAUCCUGUCUGUGUUCGCGUUCCUAUUCUUGAUACCCUUCGUCGUAGACCCUGCCAUUUCGACCAUCCUAGCCGACUACGAACCUGAGCCGGUGACCUGCGUCGCCGUAGAGCAUGUCUACGCCGAAGGACUGAGCAAUUGUUCCUGGGCCUCUUGCAGGGAAGGCUGCACCACGGCUGCCCUACGCUGCCACCAGAUCCUUGUCAAUUACACUAAAACACCUUUCGAGCACUGGCAAAAGGGGACUGUUGAUUUGGAUUCAGUUGAAUGGGACGUUGGGGAGACCAGAUUCUUCAUCAACACUGAGGGUUGUGGAUAUCCACCAACUGUAAACUGCACUACAUUUUCCAAGAAGUAUGGCUACUCAAACAUUGGAGUCCCUUUUCCCUGCUACUACAGCAGGACAUAUCCGAACAUGGUGGUGGCCAGGUACUCGUGGGACGACAACCUCAGGCAUCUCAUCUUGUCUCUGGUCAUCCCUAACUUCUUGUUUGCAUUCUCCGUUGGUGUACUGAUCUACUGGUACUGCCCCUCUUGCAACAGGUCCCGUCCGACCCUCGACACAUCCUCCUACGUUGAAAGCUUCCACUCUAAACACGAGUAAGCCCCAGUUUGUCAUCACCUAGGCCCGAAGUAGAUCCCCCAGAUUCCUGGAAGAAGAGGAGGAAGAUUUUGACGAGGAGGAAUAUUGAUAUUUACUUCGGAGGAGCAUUGAAAGCUCUCGGACACCGCAGGUCAACCAUCGGAACAUAUGCUCAAAUGGCCAAAUAUCCCCAAACUUAAUCACUUGAUUCUUCAUUUCAUUUCUCAAGAUGUCUACAACUUCUUCAAUUUCUUCUUCCUUUCAUUCUUCUACUCUAUAUUCUC